CCUAACAUUCCAAUUCCCCACAACCCCCACACCGCCACUUAACUAUGGCAUGCACAAUCGAUUUCAGGAACCUGGACGAAGGUUUCGGCGGCAAGACCUACAAGCGAAAGCGCCAAGAGGCAGAAAACGCCGCCCUUACCACCACCAACACCGAAGACCAUGCCUCCAUGGACGUAGACGACGACACGUGUCCACCCGCCGCAAAGCGAUCGGCCAUCGCGUCCUCAGACAACCCCGACAAGCCGACGUUUGGUCAGCCUACCUACGAUGGCGUGAUCGCCGGGAAAGUGUCGGGGAGGAAUUGGAAGCAGGCGCGUAAACACCGGGCGUCGGCGAGCAAAGUGAGCGUGAGAAGAACGAGUUUGGAGGAGAGAGAGAAGGAGAAGUUGAUAAAGAAAGCGUAUAGAGAGAGGAUGAAUGAACUGAAGGAAGAGAUUAGACAGAAUAAGAUAGAGAAGAGGAAGAGAGCCGAGGAGAGAAAGAAAAGGAAGGAAGAGAAUAUAAUGAAAUCUGGAACUAAGUUUCAGGUGAUAUCUAACAAGAAUACUCUCAAGAAAAUUGCUAAGUCUAAGGACAAGAAGUUGCUUAAGGUUGUACCUGAAGAUUUGGUCAACAAGAAUAAGAAGAAAUAGUUUCAAUUUUGUUUUUUGUUGUUUUUGUUUUUGUUUCUGCCAUCAAGAUUAUUAAUAUUCAAUUUUGAAGCUUUCAUUUCGUUUGUUA